AUGGCAUGCACUCCCGCCUCUUUGUCUCUUUCCUCCCCAGGUCUCUGCCCCCCCUCCCGCGCUCGCCUGCCCCGUCCUGCCUUCCUUGCGUCGAAGGGCGGCAGCGCGCCGCUCCUCACUCCUCCUCGUUUCCCCCGACGACUGCUCCCCUGCAGACUCUCCACAUGGACGUGUGGGGCCCAGCUCGUAGGUGGUGAGUUCUCCUCCGACCUCUUGCGGGACUUUUGUCACGGGGAAGGCAUCCUCCAGUCGUUCACGCUUCCGGCCUCCCCGCAGCAGAAUGGGAUUGCUGAGCGCCGCAUUGGCUUAGUCAUGGAGGUCGCUCGUACCUCCAUGAUCCAUGCGGCUGCUCCCCAUUUUCUGUGGCCGUUUGUGGUCCGGUACGCUGCGCAUCAGCUCAACCUCUGGCCCCAUGUCUCCUUGCCGGAGACCUCGCCCACCCUGCGUUGGACGGGGAAGGCUGGCGAUGCGUCGCGGUUCUGGGUCUGGGGCUCCCGUGCCUUUGUCCGCGAUACCACCGCGGACAAGCUCUCCUCUCGCGCUGUUCCCUGCGUCUUCCUUGGCUUUCCCCCUGACGCGCAUGGCUGGCAGUUUUACCACCCCACCUCGCGCCGUGUCUUCGCGUCCCAGGACGUCACCUUUGACGAGUCGGUUUUCUUCUACCGUCUCUUCCCCUACCGCACUGCCCCUCUCCCCCCCCCCCCGCCGCUCUUCCUCGCUCCAGGUCCCCCUCCGGUAGACCCCCUCCCCCCUCAGGGUCCUGCUCCUUCAGCGCUGGAGGCGCUGGAGCUGGAGGCACUGGCGCUGGAGGCGCUGGAGCUGGAGGUACUGGCACUGGCGGUGGAGCUGGAGGCACUGGCGCUGGAGGCGCUGGAGCUGGAGGCACUGGCGCUGGAGGCGCUAGAGCUGGAGGCGCUGGAGCUGGAGGCGCUGGCGCUGGAGGCGCUGGAGCUGGAGGCGCUGGAGCUGGAGACACUGGAGCUGGAGGUACUGGAGCCGGAGGCAUUGGAGCUGGAGGCACUGGAGCUGGAGGCGCUGGAGCUGGAGGCGCUGGCGCUGGAGGCGCUGGAGCUGGAGGUGCUGGAGCUGGAGCUCGCCGCUGCCUGCCCCAUCUUGUCGGUCUCCCUUACAGAGCGUCGUGAGCCUGCGUCUCGUCCUGUCUCCCCUGUUCGCGCUGGUCGCACCGCUCGUCGUGUCCCGCGUCCGCGUCCUCCUCCUGUGCCAGGUACUCACACUAUGGCACUUCGUCCUUCCUCUGCUCCACAGCGCAUCCCUCUGCCGUCUCCUCCUGCGUCCUCUCUUCCUGAGAUUCCUGACCCUGAGUUUGACCAUGUUCGUGCUGCUAGCCCUACAGUCACGCGUCUUCUAGCUACAAUCGUCACUGACCCGUCGUUUGAGUCCACUACUGCGUCUGCCUUAGUUGCUGAGCUUGUCGACUUUGCUGCUGCGUGUCGUCUAGACUACGCCGCCAGUCUUGUUGCUGAGUCUGAGUCUGAGUCUGUCUGUCCUCCGUCUGUCGGGGGUGAGUGUGCUCUUGGCACGGAUGUCCUUGAGGACAGGCAGGAGGACUUUGAGUCUCUUGCGGCUGCUGUACCUCAUCUCGUGGCCUGGCUGCUUGCACCUGAGGGAGACCCGGAUGCACUGGACAUCCCGACCCCGCGCUCUUACGCAGAGGCGAUUACGGGUCCCUACUCCUCUCAGUGGCAGACAGCCAUGAACGCAGAGAUGGCAUCCUGGAAGUCCACAGGCACCUACGUUGACGAGGUUCCCCCUCCUGGGGCGAACAUAGUCGAUGGCAUGUGGAUUUUCAGGGUGAAGCGGCCGCCGGGUUCUCCGCCUGUCUUCAAGGCUCGUUACGUUGCACGAGGCUUCAGUCAGCGGCAGGGAGUUGACUUCUUCCAGACCUUCUCUCCUACCCCGAAGAUGACCACUCUUCGGGGAAGCCAGCACGAUGAGAUUUGGCUGCGCCGCCCACCUGGCUUCACUGGGUCGUUCUCUCCUGGUACCCAGUGGAGCCUCCGGCGGCCAGUCUACGGUCUCCGCCAGGCGCCUCGUGAGUGGCACAACACACUGAGGACGACACUUGCGGCUCUUGGGUUUGCUCCCUCCACUGCUGACCCGUCGCUGUUUCUUCGCACCGACACUUCGCUGCCGCCAUUCUACAUCCUCGUGUACGUCAACGACUUGGUCUUUGCCACUACUGACACUGAGGCACUCGCCCUUGUGAAAGCACGCCUCACCAUUACACUGACCCAGUCACACAUGGUGCAGCAGAUCCUUCAGCGCUUCGACUUCCAGUACUCCUCACCACAGUCCACUCCUCUGUCUACACGUCACUCGCUCUCAGCUCCACCUUCGGACGAGUCCGUAGAGCCGAGUGGCCCGUAUCCAGAGCUUAUGGGCUGCCUCAUGUACCUGAUGACCUGCACUCGACCUGACCUUGCGUACCCUCUUAGCAUCCUAGCUCGCUACGUUGCGCCUGGGAGACACCGGCGAGAGCACUGGGAGGCUGCUAAGAGGGUGCUGCGCUACUUGUGCAGUACAUCAGGCAUGGGGCUGGUGCUUGGAGGACGGGGUGACAUUGUCCUCACUGGACACUCAGACGCCUCUUGGGUUGACGACCUGGCUACGCAACGGUCGUCACAGGGUUACACCUUCAGCCUUGGUUCCGGCUCUGUCUCUUGGCGGUCUACCCGCUCUUCUUCUGUUCUCAGCUCUAGUUGUGAGGCUGAGAUCUACACCACAGCCAUGGCUGCACAGGAGUUACGCUGA